AUGGCCGUAGCAGCGCUGCACGACCCUCUCCAGGACCUGGACGUUGCCAUCGAUCCGGAUUUCGAGCCCCAAAAGCGGCCACGGUCCUGCACCUGGCCCCUACCCAGACCUGAGAGCUCGGUGAAGCCAGAGAACAACGACAUCAUCCCGGAGGAAGAGGACGAUGAGGAGGACGCCGCCACCCCCACAGCCAUCGACUCCAGCGCGCACACGGAGGACCAGAGCAGUGGCAGUCCAGUGGCCGACGGUGCGCUCUCAUCCCCGGGCCAUGACAGUGGAGGUUCCCCGCACAGCUCGCACUCCCCCUCGGCCACAUCUGGACCCCUGACCCCCAGCGCGUUGACCACCCCGAGAAAAGCAUCGUCGCGCAGAAACGCCUGGGGGAACCUCUCCUACGCGGACCUCAUCACCAAAGCCAUCGAGAGCGCGCCCGAGAAGAGACUGACGCUGUCCCAGAUUUAUGACUGGAUGGUCAGAUCUAUCCCCUACUUCAAAGACAAAGGCGACAGUAACAGCUCUGCAGGAUGGAAGAAUUCCAUCCGGCACAACUUGUCGCUGCACAGCCGCUUCAUCCGGGUGCAGAAUGAAGGCACAGGGAAAAGCUCCUGGUGGAUGAUUAACCCUGAAGGCGGCAAAGGAGGGAAGGCUCCCCGCCGUAGAGCCGUGUCUAUGGACAACAGCAAUAAAUACACCAAGUCUGCUCGAGGCCGCGCCGCCAAGAAGAAGGCCGCCCUCCAGGCCGCGGCUGCAGCAGGAGAGGGUGGAGACAGCCCCUCAGGCCUGUCCCGCUGGCCGGGCAGUCCCACAUCCCGCAGCACGGAGGACCUGGACGCCUGGACAGAUUUUCGCUCUCGUACAAACUCAAACGCCAGUUCUAUCAACAGUGGCCGCCUGACGCCGAUCCUGGCCAACCCUGAGCUCGACCAGGUCCCUGACGAUGAGCCCCCUCUCUCACCUAUGCUCUACAGUCCAGGCAGGGCACUGUCUCCCAGCAACAGCACAGCCAAUGGGAAGGCGGCCCCAACAGAGCUGCCCCGCCUCGCAGACCUCACAGGUACCAUGAAUCUGAACGAUGGACUUACGGACGACUUGAUGGAUGAGCUUUUAGAAAACAUCAACCUGGUGCCAACCACUACGGGAAAGCCCACAAACGGGUCUUCAGGAUUCUUUGGAUCCAAACCAAACGGACUCGUCUCCUCCUCCUCAACCUCGUCCCCUGCGAAUCCGUCCACUAACGGGAGCAAUGGUUUCAGUAACUCCAUCUUUGGGCCUCCGUCCACAGGGUCCACUUUGCGGCUCUCUCCCAUGCAGACCAUCCAAGAGAACAAGCAGACGUCCUUCUCCAUCACCUCUCACUUUGGCAGCCAGACUUUACAGGACUUGUUGAACUCUGACAGCCACAGCCCCAGUGAUGUGAUGAUGACGCAGUCUGACCCGCUCAUGUCCCAGGCCAGCGCUGCAGCUGUAAUGUCCCGCAGAGGCCUUAUCCUCCGGAACGACCCUGUCAUGACCUUUGGAACCACUGGAGUUCAGAACGUCCAGGGGCAAAGUAACAAUCAGAACGCACUCCGGCCCCUGAACGGACUUAUGCUGAACAAUGAAGCCAACAUGCUAGCAAACGCCAAGCAGCUCUUAAACUCUCCUCUUGGGGGGAAUGGCUUGUCCUCCAUGCAGAUCGACACCUCCAUUUUUAUGAACGGGACGGUGAGCAACGGGGGCCCUCUGAACCAGGACCGCUUCCCCACAGACUUGGACCUGGACAUGUUUAACGGGACCUUAGAGUGCGACAUGGACUCCAUCAUCAGGAGCGAGCUGAUGGACGCAGACGGACUGGACUUUAACUUUGACUCUUUGCAAACGCAGCAGGUCUGA